AUGUGGCGAUAUUUAUCAGUUAUAUUUAUUAUUGCUUAUGCGACAAUAGUAGAAAGUACUUGUCCACAACCAAAAAAAUACUAUAUUGAUUGUACUGCUCCUCAAUCACUUGCUAGUUCAGUAAAAAUAUGUCUCAAGUAUGGAAUGACUUUAUUGAAUUUAACAAAUUCUUCAAAUAUAUUUGAUGACGUCAAUGUUCUGAAUCAAACUCUAAUAUCACUGAGUUGUUCAGCUAAUUUUUGGUUUUCAUCUGGUAAUUUGACUGGAUUGGUUGCAAAUACUGCUAACCUUGGUACGGUACUUACUAAUAUUCUUUCUGGUCUUCUCGGCACAUUAGGAGCAGUGUUGGAUAUAGUUGGUACUGUACUUGCUUGUCUUCUAGGCGGUUGUCCAGUAACAACAACGCCUGCACCUAUUACUAGUGCAAUUAUCGUUUGUACUCGUUCUAUACAACAACGUGUUAUACAAAAAUGUUCAACACAAACGGAACGAGCAGAUAUGAAAACAUUUCAAUUUCUUGAACAACCAAUGUAUGGUGGCAUAUUAGAUACAUUUCCUGCACGAAGUCGAGCAACAUGUAGUGGUCUAUGUUCAGCAGAUAAUAGCUGUACUGGCAUAUCAUACAUAGAUGGAAUCUGUAACCUUUAUUUAUAA